AGCAAAGGUGUUUGCGGGCAAUUGCACCCCUACAGAUCAGUCACCAUGCCUCCACGUCUUAUUCUUCAGCCUUCGCUGAAGGCCUUCACUGGCUCUUCUCAUGUGCAGACUCCGUUCGCCGCGCUGGCUUUGAACCCCUCGAAAACCACCGUCAGAGCUGGUUCCGCUGAGACCAGAGAGAGAAAGCGACAUGACCCCUUCGCUACGGCUCAGUCUCGCCAACGUAAGGCCGCAAACUUGUCCCGCCAGCAAGCCCUCGAGGCGGAACGGAGUGCUUCCCUCGGAGACCCCAUUGAAACCGAGCCCACACCUUUCAUCCAGCAGAUCAAGUCUCAACUCGAAUUGCAGGGCCCUGCAGGGAUUGAGGCCAAACCGAAUCACUUUAUCAAACCCGAAGAAAUCCAGGAAACUCUGGAGUUUUCCAAAGACCUGACAUCACCUAUUUCCGACGUGAACCGCAACAUCGCAGAUCCGCAACUUGAAAAGGAAUCAAUGGAGGGACAUGAGGAAGAAUCCCUGAAAACCGAGGAAGCUAUUAGACGAAUCGUGAACAUCAAUAAUGGAAACACGAAAGACCGUCUCCGCGUCAACAUCCAGAACUGCAUUGAGACAUUCGGGCGACACAACACUGACGCCAUACUGCCGCCCAAGCCUACCGCCGUAUUGAACCAAUCGGGCACUGAGCUUCCAGAAAAGACCCCUCGCGUUGGACCGGAUACGGGCUCCCCCGAAGUGCAGGUUGCCAUCCUUACUUCGAAGAUCCUCAACCUGUCCCGGCAUCUGCAGACAUCGAACAAGGACAAGCACAACAAGCGGAAUCUCCGCCUUCUCGUCCACAAACGCCAGAAGCUGCUCAGGUAUCUGCGGAGAAAAGAGCGGGGUGGACCUAGAUGGCAGAAUUUGAUGCAGACAUUGGGCCUGUCGGAUGCUGCUUGGAAGGGAGAGAUUAGCAUGUAAUGGAUUGACGUUUCCCUGCCUUAUUCCUCUCGCAAUCGGCAUGGCUUUUCAGCGUCGACAUGUACAGCCGUGGAGCUUGUGACCGAUUAUUUUGAUAUCCUCAUGUCAGAGAUGUAACCAUGUAUUAUAUACACAUUUUCUUUCUCUUUUGACGUCGAAAGCAAUACUUCAAGUAGCCUAUUGUAUAACGAAUGAAAGGAAUUCCACAAUGGAUUGUACAUUGAGUC